AUGUUGGACAGCUUUGAGAUCAUCACCACAUCGGGCGUCGUCCUGUGGUCGCGCAGCUACGCCUUUGUCAGCCCGUCCAUCGUCAACCGCUUUAUUACCGACGUCUUCAUCGAGGAGGCCACCACUGCCGGCACCAAGGAAGACCUUGCCUCGGCCGUCGCCGGCGGUAGUAGCAGCAGCCAUGCGCCCUUCCUGACCGACCAGUACGCCGUCAAGUGGGCCUUCGCCAAGGACCUGGGCAUUAUUUUUGUUGCCGUCUACAAAUCCUUGCUGCACCUCUCGUGGAUCGACAAGCUUGUCGACAACAUCAAGACGCUCUUUGUCAAGCUCUAUGGCGACCAGCUGACCCGGCCCAACACCACGAUUGUCGAGUGCGCGCGCUUCGACGACUACUUCGACCAGCAGCUCAACGAACUCGAAGGCAGCGGAUCGGUUACGUCUGCGUCUGCGUCUCUGAUGAGCGAAAAGUCGCGGUCGACAAUACACGUGGCAUCAGCAGCAGCCGACUUGCCCGACUCGACUCCCACCAUCACCCCGUCCCACUCGCGACCUUCGACACCGGGCGGCACCGGCGGCCUCGGCGGCGGCGGCGGACUGCAGGCCGGCCAUGGCGCGACAACAUCCGCACAGCCUAGCCCGCUGAGCAACUUGUCGCGGCGGGCGCGCAAGGCGCAAAACGCAGCAACAGCAGCAGGCGGAGCCAGCGGCGGCGGCAGUGCUGUGCAGUCGAGCGACGAGGCGGCGACUGUGCGGAAACACCAGAAAGACAACAAGACAACGUCCAAGACGGCCAAGAAGGGCCGCAAGUGGGGCGCGGACGGCCAGGCCGAGGAGGACGACGACAUCCAGCUGGACUACUCGAUUGUCGACCUUCCAAAGGGCGGCAGGAACGACGCUGGCGGCACCACAGCAGAGCGGCCGGCGCUCGAGCAGGUGGACGCAUCGACGUGGGGCAAGACAGCCAAGGGCGGCAAGUUUGUGCUCAAGGACCUGGACGACGAGGUGCGCUCGAUCCUGGCAAGCGCCGACGCGGAUGCGUCCAGCAGCAAGGCGGCAUCGUCGGCUGCCGCAGCGGCCAGCAGCGGCCUCGUGGGCUCGAGCCUGAGCACGAUUGGCGGCCUGUUCCGCAACGUCGUGGGCGGCAAGACGCUGACCAAGGCGGACCUGGACAAGACGAUGAAGGGCAUGGAGGAGCACCUGCUGCGAAAGAACGUGGCCCGCGAGGCGGCCGUGCGCCUCUGCGAGAGCGUCGAGGCCGAGCUGCUGGGCACCAAGACGGGCAGCUUCGAGAGCACCAGCGCGCGCGUCAAGACGGCGCUCGAGGCCGCCCUGACAAAAAUGCUGACGCCGACCUCGUCGCUGGACCUGCUGCGCGAAAUCGACGCCGUCACACGCCCCGGCGCGACGACGCUGCGCGCCGCGCGGCCCUACGUCAUGUCGAUUGUGGGCGUCAACGGCGUGGGCAAGUCGACCAACCUGUCCAAGAUUUGCUUCUUCUUGCUGCAGAACCGCUACAAGGUGCUGAUUGCGGCCGGCGACACCUUCCGGUCCGGCGCCGUCGAGCAGCUGGCCGUGCACGUGCGCAACCUGACGGAGCUCACGGCGCGCGAGGGCGGGCAGGUCGAGCUGUACCAAAAGGGAUACGGCAAGGACGCGGCCGCCGUGGCCAAGGACGCCGUGACCUAUGCGGGACAGCACGGCUUCGACGUUGUUUUGAUCGACACCGCCGGCCGCCGCCACAACGACCAGCGGCUCAUGUCGUCGCUGGAAAAGUUUGCCAAGUUUGCGCAGCCCGACAAGAUCCUCAUGGUCGGCGAGGCGCUUGUGGGCACGGACUCGGUGGCCCAGGCGCGCAGCUUCAACCAGGCGUUUGGCAGCGUGCGCAGCCUCGACGGCUUCAUCAUCUCCAAGUGCGACACCGUCGGCAGCAUGGUGGGCACGCUCGUCAGCCUGGUGCACGCGACCAACGUGCCCAUCCUGUUUGUCGGCGUCGGCCAGCACUACUCGGACCUGCGCAACUUUUCCGUCUCGUGGGCCGUGGAGCGUCUGCUGAGCAGCGACUAG